CAUGCGUCCUGGCGCUCACUACAGUCGGCGGCUUGCAGCACGCUACCCCGGCUCAGUGCGCCCCGAGCAGCCCAAGCGCGCGGUUACGAUGCCCCUCUCCGUCGGUCCGAACCAAAGCCAGCGUCAGAACCGAGCACCGAGAAGCAGACACACCGCCUUCGAUAGCAGCUCCGCAGCAGGAUGCCCGGCGGAAAGAGAGGACUUGUGGCACCGCAGAACACUUUUCUGGAGAACAUCGUCCGGCGUUCAAGUGAGACCAGCUUUCUCCUGGGAAAUGCCCAGAUUGUGGAGUGGCCUGUAGUGUACAGCAAUGACGGAUUCUGUAAGCUGUCGGGCUUCCACAGAGCAGAGGUCAUGCAGAAGAGCAGCACAUGCAGUUUUAUGUACGGAGAGCUGACGGACAAGAAGACCAUCGAUAAAGUCAGGCAGGCGUUUGACAACUAUGAGUCCAACUGCUUUGAAAUCCUGCUGUACAGGAAGAAUAGAAGUCCAGUCUGGUUCUACAUGCAAGUAGCCCCUAUCAGGAAUGAGAAUGACAGGGUGGUUUUGUUCCUCUGCACUUUUAAAGACAUAACUCUCUUCAAGCAGCCCAUUGAAGAUGAAACCACUAAAGGAUGGACAAAAUUUGCACGACUUACACGUGCGCUCACCAACAACCGCAACACACUGCAGCAGCUGGCUCCCAUUGGCAAACAUGAAGUCAGCCAUAAGCAAUCCAGAUUGGCAGAGGUUCUGCAGCUGAACUCUGACAUCCUUCCACAGUACAAACAGGAAGCCCCAAAGACGCCACCUCAUAUCAUCCUUCACUACUGCACCUUUAAGACCACCUGGGACUGGGUCAUCCUCAUCCUCACCUUUUACACAGCCAUUAUGGUACCCUACAACGUCUCUUUCAAGACAAAGCAGAAUAACAUUGUGUGGUUGGUGCUGGAUAGUGUGGUGGAUGUCAUUUUCCUGGUGGACAUUGUUCUCAAUUUCCACACCACUUUUGUGGGACCUGGUGGAGAAGUGAUCUCAGACCCCAAGCUCAUCCGCAUGAACUACCUGAAGACCUGGUUCGUCAUUGAUCUGCUCUCCUGUCUGCCUUACGAUAUCAUCAAUGCCUUUGAGAAUGUGGAUGAGGGUAUCAGCAGUCUAUUCAGCUCUCUAAAAGUGGUUCGCCUUCUGCGUCUGGGCCGAGUGGCCAGGAAAUUGGACCACUACCUGGAAUACGGUGCUGCUGUUCUGGUCCUAUUAGUCUGUGUGUUUGGACUCGUGGCCCACUGGUUGGCCUGCAUCUGGUACAGUAUUGGAGAUUAUGAGGUCAUUGAUGAAGCCACCAACACCAUCAAGAUGGACAGCUGGCUUUACCAACUGGCUAUCAGCAUUGGAUCACCAUACCGAUACAACGCUAGUGGCUCUGGCCAGUGGGAGGGCGGACCUGGCAAAGACUCUUUAUACAUCACUUCUUUGUAUUUCACUAUGACCAGCUUGACAACCAUUGGCUUUGGAAACAUUGCACCUACCACAGAUGGAGAGAAGAUCUUUUCUGUGGCCAUGAUGAUGGUGGGAUCCCUUCUUUAUGCCACCAUCUUUGGAAAUAUGACAACCAUCUUCCAGCAGAUGUAUGCCAACACAAACCGCUACCAUGAAAUGCUCAACAACGUCAGGGACUUCCUGAAGCUCUACCAGGUUCCUAAGGGCCUCAGUGAGCGUGUCAUGGACUACAUUGUCUCCACCUGGUCCAUGUCCAAAGGCAUCGACACAGAGAAGGUCUUAUCUAUAUGUCCUAAGGAUAUGCGAGCUGACAUCUGUGUCCACCUCAACAGAAAGGUGUUCAACGAACAUCCAGCUUUCAGGUUAGCCAGUGAUGGCUGCCUGCGCUCUCUGGCUGUGGAGUUUCAGACCAUCCAUUGUGCACCUGGAGACCUGAUCUACCAUGCCGGUGAGAGCGUUGACACCCUUUGCUUCGUGGUGUCAGGGUCACUUGAAGUCAUCCAGGACGACGAGGUGAUUGCCAUCCUUGGUAAAGGUGAUGUGUUUGGAGACGUCUUUUGGAAAGAAACUACUCUAGCCCAUGCCUGCGCUAAUGUUCGAGCCCUAACCUACUGUGACCUCCAUGUAAUAAGGAGGGAGGCCUUGCUCAAAGUCUUAGAGUUUUACACAGCCUUCGCCAAUUCCUUCUCCCGGAACCUCAUCCUCACAUGCAACCUACGCAAGCGGAUGACAUAUCAGAAGUACCUUCACCUGAAGCAGCACAACAGCACCCUCAUCAGUAAGAUCCUGGCAGUGGAUCCAGAUGCUCCCAUCCUGCUGCUGUUAGGAAUGGACAUCUUAAGAGUGCAUAAGAUAAUUUUCCGUAAAAUCAGUGAGGUAAAAAAGGAGGAAGAGGAGAGGGAGCGAGCAAAGAACGAGGUGCCGAUCACCAUCCCACAGGACCAUCCAGUUCGCAAACUUUUCCAGAAGUUCAAGCAGCAGAAGGAGCUACGCAACCAGAGUGCUGCAACUGCCUCACAAGUGGAUCUUGAGAAGAACCAUCUACAGGUGGAACAGCAGCAUCACCAGCACCUUUACCCCCACACCCUGCAGCUGGGUCAUUCUAGUCCACAGCACUCUCUCCCGCUUAACCUACAACGACCUCACACAUCAAUGCAGAACGGGGCCCCUCCCAGCAGCAGUGUGCUGACAGUGUCUCAGGUAACACCCAUGAACAGCUCGUUGCCCUACAGUCAUCCCAGUGAACCUCCUGCAAAACAGAACAAUCAAGAUACCAUGGAACUACAGCCCAAUUCUGCUGGGGAGGGAGUUGAGCUGCCUGUCAGGCUAAAAGACAGCACCAGUCCUGGUGUGGGAAAGUCCGUCACCAAACCCAGUGGGUGGAUGCGGCUGAAAAUCAACAUGACUCCGGUGGAGGCCAGGAAGGAGGGACUAAACAACAAUUUGAAGGCCAUUUCUGUGGAGAUGCUCUCUCGGGACGGUAAGAGUCAGGAACCCAGUGGGAUUCAAGAUAUAGGAGACGGAGGGGUUUCUAGUAGCAAUCCUCUCCGCAAGACAGACUCGUGCGAUAGCGGCAUCACUAAGAGUGAAUUGCGGAUUGACCGGGCCGGUGAAGCCCGGACACCUACAGCAGGUACUCCUCUCGUCCACAGCCCUCUUCCAGGAGCUGUUGGAUCCCCUCUCCCUUUUUGCCCUAUGCCAGAGCAGGCCCUACAAGCCAUGCUGCACGAGACCCGGCUGGAGCUCCGAGAAGACAUCCAGACGCUGGGAGGCCGCAUGAGUGCCCUUGAGAGUCAAGUAGCUGCAAUUCUAAAACUGUUAUUGGAGAAGAGGCAGCCGUCCAUCUCUUCCACACCCAAAACCAAAAUUCACCAUCAGGACAUUUUCACGGUUUCCAGACCUGUUUCUCCUGACUUGGAGAAGGAUGAUGUGCUUUGA